CUUUUGCAGAGCUCAACCUUUGGCAGGUAUACAGACGGCAGAGGAGGCGAGAGAACUAUCUACUUGUGCAAGGCGCUUAGGCUACGGGAAGAAGUCUGAAAUCAUGCCAAAAAGACCUCACUUGAUUAGCAUACAACGGGUGAGCUAUGCACAUCCUUCGACCGAAGAACGAUCGGGGAACAAGCUUGGGUGGGAACAGCCCCAGCCAGCCCUUCUGUGCUCUUCCAUCCCAUCAGCCCAGUGAGAUCACCGAUUUCGAUGCCCCGCCGUCGGGUCCCAGUCGCAAAACCGCACGCACAGGGACUUGUCGCCCGCCGCCUGGCCAAGGCUCCCUUGGAAUACCUACCUCUGACAGACGGGCACCGAACCUUCCACAACCAGGGCCUGUUGCUUCCAUCCAGCGCCGCCGGAGGGCUUCUUCUACCACUAAAUGCCCCGGGCGCCCCAGUCAAUGCUUGGGCCCCCUUCAGAGUGAAAGGUCCUAGGUACGGAGGUACUUGGGCACACACUUACCUGCUUCUAUUGGCCAUUUCCUACAUACAUAUCACGCACCCGGUCGUUGCUGCAACAUCCAACCACUUCUCUUCAAAUCUUCCUUAUUUUUCUCCUCCUUUCCCUACCCGACCUUUAUCUUGCUUUUUCACCCCACGUUUUCAAUUGCAAACUACUCUUCAAGGGUUUACACCCCAGUUGCAAAAACAAACUCCCACGAUACCAUCGAGCACACUCACACUCGUGGCGAUAUCCACGAGCCCAUAGGUUUGAUUAAAUAGACGACCGUACUAUAGACUGCUACAAUGGUCAAAGAAACCAAGCUGUACGACCAGCUGGGCGUGAGCCCCACGGCAAACCAAGAUGAAAUAAAAAAAGGCUACCGGUAAGUGGCAAAGCAUCUCACGAUGCCUCUCUCUUCCCCCCCUCUCUAUUUCCGCCGCCGUUGUUGCC